AUGCUCAAAUUGAAGGUUAAUGCAAAAGGAGAAAAUAUUGCUGUGAUUGUAGUUGGAGGGGCAAGAGAGUUUUUGGAUGCCCAUCGUGGAAGCUUAACUCUUAAUAUUCUCAGGAAAAAAGGUUUAAUUAAGAUUGCUUUGGAACAUGGGGCUCAACUUGUCCCGGUGUUUUCUUUUGGUGAAAAUGAACUAUUCAAACAGAUUGAAAAUCCUAAAGGAUCACGACUCAGAGCAUUUCAGGAGAGUCUGCAAAGGCUGGCAGGGUUUACUUUGCCUCUCUUUCAUGGAAGAGGAAUUUUUCAGUAUAGCUUUGGCUUGAUGCCUUACAGGAAACCUAUUAACACUGUUGUCGGGGAGCCUAUUACUGUGAAACAGAAUCCAAAUCCCACCCUUGAAGAGAUUGAUCAGCUGCAUGAAAAAUACCUACAAGAGCUACAGAAGCUGUUUGACAAAAACAAAUAUGGGAUACCAGAGCACAAGUCUCUUAUCUUUAACUAA